UACACAUCCCUCAGCACGGCGGAAAUGAAGUAUUCUGAUGGCUGUCCGUUCCUCAAAGUCAGCCGCUGGCACAACCUGUGGCGUAGCAACAUCCCCAACCUCUGCUCGCUAAAACAACAAGCCGGGGUCUCGGGGUUUGUUGCCAUCGACGCCGAGCCAUGGGGCGACAGCCUUACUGAUGUUGUCGAGAUCGGUAUCGCAUUCAUCCCGCCUGUCGACAUUGAGGCGCUGCAGGGCCCUCCUAGGAGCCUGUACUCGCUUCAGACCCGAUACCCAAUACAAGUGAGUAAGAUCCGGGUUGCUGGCAGGGAACAAGGCCGGGGAAGGAAGCGCGAAUCCUUCAUCUUUGGACCAACCCAUAUCGUCGAGCCUGACGCCGUCCAUGAGACUCUGCAGCGUCUAUUCCAGUCAUUCCGCGAUGCGCUGGGUCCGCAGGCUUCCCUCACUCUGAUUGGUUUCGACCUGGCUUUCGAAUUUCGUGUCAUGUCGAGCACGUAUCUGGGUAUCACAGAGCAUAUCUCAUCUUGGGUCGACCUUCAGGAGAUUAUCAAGGAUGUCUCAACGCGCACCAACUGCAGUCCAAGUAUGCGCGAAUCGCUCAUCGCAUUCGGAUUUGAGGGUGAUAAUCGAGCCAUUCUACCAAAACAUAUGGCACACAGCGCUGGAACCGAUGCCCUCCGCAUUAUCGCCCUGCUCGUCAACUUGCUCGCCCUCUCGCCGGAUGUCACACUGGAGAUCGACCGGCGACCGGUGCGCAAGUGGGGAGGCACCGGCAGAGUGGCACGUCGACACCAGAAGGCCCAGAAUCAGUUCUCAGGCCGGCCAACACCAAAAGAAUCUUAUCCAUUUAGAGCACGGAUUAGACUCAACGGGGGGUCGGCUUUUAACAUGCGGAAGAUUGCUGAUUCCUUCUCGAGAUACGGCCCAUCGGCCAGCGGGAUUCAUAGAGCAAAGCACGAAGGCUAUGUUUGUCUUCCUAGUCUCGACGAGCUGGAUCAAUUCAUCGAACAGACAAACGGGUCUUCGGCAGGCAAUGGGCAAUUCUGGAUCGCGAUUUCCGAGUUUGAUCCCCAGGUCACUGCUUCGCGAACCGCUCCCGAACUUUUAGAAUCUCUCAAAGCGACAUCAGCUGCCACAAUCGAGCAAAAAAGGGUGCUGAGAAAGCAGAAGAAAGAGAAAGAAAAAUUAGACUCGGAACAAACAUGUUCGGAAUUUUUUUAA